UCGAGAUCUUCCUGUGUAUUUUCUUUUUGAAUACAUACGUUCUCGUGUAGGCUACAAAAGGAUAGCCUGAGUCCGUUGUGUUGGUGUUAGAUUCUAGAUAAUUCCCUGGGUUUUCUCGUUAUAUGGGACUUUGUUUACAACUUUUCUUAGAUUUGUAGCUAGACACCAAACAGGAUGGGUGCGGGUGACGAAAUUGCCCCGCGAUUUACGCAGAAACCAUCCCUGAAACAGGAAGAUAAUGGCAAAAAGCUCGUGUUCUCGUGCGCCCUUGAAGCUUCCCCUAAACCCGAAAUCAACUGGUUCAGGGGAACGACGCCAUUGCAAGAGUCGGACAGGAUUAAAAUGCAAGUUGAAAAUACAAGUGGAAAUACCUAUAAUGUGUUAAUGAAUAUAACCGGAGUGACGCAGGCAGAUGGCGGAUCUUACAAAGUUGUAGCUAAAAAUAAACUAGGCGAGCUGUCAGCUUCUAUUAACCUGAAUUUUAAUGCAGCUGGACAAAACCAACAAGACGGCAUUGCACCCAAUUUUACCCAGAAGCCCAUUAUCAAACAGGAAGAUGGUGGCAAGCGCAUGUUGUUUGAGUGUCAGCUCACAGCAGAUCCAGCCCCCACCAUUUCCUGGUUCCGGGACAACACCCAGUUGUCUGCAAGCAGUAGACUAAAAAUGGACACUAAGCAAAAGAGCCCAAAAGAAUACAUAAUCACAUUAGAAAUAAGUGGAGUGUCACCUCAGGAUGCUGGUAGUUACCGAGUGACUGCAAAAAACGCUCUGGGCGAAAGUAACGCUACUAUUGGCCUUAACUUUGAUGUCUCGCAAGAAAAAGGCGCACCACCGAAUUUCGUUCAAAAACCGUUGAUUCGCCAAGUGGACAAGAGCAUAAUCAUUGAAUGCAAGCUCUCGUGCGAUCCAGCCCCCAAUGUCAGCUGGAUGCUCAACGAUGCACAAAUCUCUUCGGGAGGGCGUUUCACAAUUUCCCAAACAAUCGCCGAUAACGUUUAUCUCCUUUCGUUGGAGAUUACGGACAUCGGUAUCCAAGAUGGUGGGACAUAUAAAGUUCUCGCACAAAAUGCCCGUGGCGAGGCAGUAGCCACAAUAAAUUUAAACCUUGAAGGUAAAAAGGCUCAGGUGCCAACAGGCAAAGCGCCUCACUUUCUGUCGAAGCCAACAAUUAAACAACAAGCGAACCUCCUUGUGAUGACCUGCAUUCUCGAGGCCAAGCCUGCCCCAUUGAUCAAGUGGUUCCGAGAAACACAGGCACUGACAGAUGGAGGCCGUUACAGCAUCAAACUGGAAAACGACGGGACUAAACCUGAUAAUUUCAUCGCUACGCUGCAGAUAAAAGACCCGAAACCAGAAGAUGGUGGCGCCUAUAAAUGCACAGCAUCCAACGAGAGCGGAGAAUCUAAUGCCAACAUAACUCUCAACUUCUCAGCUAAGGCUAAGCCAGGAGCCCAAGGAAAGACAGGAGGUAAGGGGCCUAGCUUCAAGGAUAAACCCAGUGUCAAACAAGAUGGCAAGAACCUCGUGAUUGAGUGCAACUGUACCGCUAAUCCUAAACCAACCCUGACAUGGUACAAGGACAACAAAGUUAUUACGGAAUCAAACCGUGUCAAGUCGCGUGUCACCGAGAAAGGGGAGGAAUACUCUAUCUAUUUGGACAUUCUGACUUUCACCAAAGACGAUGGAGGAGUGUACAAGGUCACAGCCAAGAACGACAGCGGAGAAGGAACAGCUAGCAUUACAAUCAAUUUGGAAGCGCUUGGCUUUAAGACACAGGAGCCAAAGGAGGAAGCAGUUGUGCAGAAACCCGCCCCUGCUGGGGCCGCACUCGAAUUCUUUGAUCAGCCAAUCGUUAAGCUUGAUAACAACGGGCAGAUUCUCACAAUCAUGUUCUUCCUAAAGUCGGGCUCAAAGCCGACCGCGACGUGGUCGGCAGGCGGUCUGCCUGUGAAGAGUGGGGGUCGGUACUUCUUGAACGUGACCCCCAGCAAGGAAGAUAAAGACAAGUAUACCAUUCUCAUGGAGGUGAAGUCGCCUAGUGACCGUGAUUCUGGAGUGUACAAGUGCAACAUCAAAACACCACAGGGUGAAGUUAUUGGAGAGACUAAGAUUAACAUCAAAGAUCUUCUGUCUGCCUCCAAGGGUGAUCCACCAGUUUUCACAAUGAAGUUGGCGCCAAAGAACAUCAAGGAUGGUGAGUCAGUUGAGCUUAGCGCCAAGUUAAAGGGAACUGAGCCCAUACAGAUUAAAUGGAGCAAAGACGAUAAGCCAGUAGAGAACGGGGCAAACUCCAAGAUUGACUACAAGCAAGGUGUUGCCACACUGACCCUUCCCAAGGCCACAUCUGCUGACGCUGGCAUGUACAAGAUUGAGGCUAAGAACCAGCACGGCUCUGCUUUUUGUUCUGCCACACUUGGCGUGCAAGCAGCAGCAAAGCCUGUGGAAGACAAAGUUCCUGAAGCAAAGAAACCGGAAGAAAAGAAACCAGAGUUGAAAAAACCCGAAGAAAAGAAACCCGAAGAAAAGAAACCUGAAGAAAAGAAACCUGCAGAAAAGAAACCAGAAGAAAAGAAACCAGAACUAAAGAAACCAGAAGAAAAGAAACCAGAGGUAAAGAAACCAGAAGAAAAGAAACCAGAAGAGAAGAAACCAGAAGAGAAGAAAGAGGCACCAAAACCAGUUGAAGAGACAGUGCAAAAGAAGGAAACAAAACCAGCCGAGGCACCUAAACCAGAGGUGAAGCAGGAGGAACAAAAAGCAGUGAAAGAGCCUUCCCCUGUGCCAACAAAACCACAGAAAAAGGAAUCAAUCACACCGUCAAUUGUUGUUGACGAUCAUUCACCCGAUAUAGGAAAGUCUAAGAAACCUGACAACCGUAAGCCUACGCUUUACGCCAAAAAGCCAUCAAUCAUUGUUGAAGAAGAGGACCACAUGGAUGACGACAGAGAAAUUAACGAUGUUGACCAUGUUAUCAAUGGAAACGGAGAAGAGGUUCGCCAAGAAGAGACAGAUGAAUUAGUAAAACGAACCACCGUUGAUCUUGUAGACAAGAAGGAUAAAGGUGAAGGUCGUAAGGUGGGCGUGGUCAAGGCUAAAGAGGCGACAGAGAUUAAACUAGAGGGCCCGACACACAAGAUCAUUGACAAACCCAACAAUCAGAGCAUUAUUGAGGGUGACCCACUUAGAAUGCGUAUUAGCCUAGAUGUACUACCAGACCUGCCGCCUCCAGCCAUCAAAUUCUUCCGUGCUGGAAAGGAACUCAGGGAAGACUCUCGAACCAAUUUCGGAAUCAAAGACAACAAAGCCAUGCUGCAAGUCCAGAAGACGAGGUUUGCAGACGAAGCUAAGUACACGCUGCAGCUUGAACAGGAUGGGAUUGUGGUGGAUAAGGUUGUGUGGAGCGUGUUCAUUAAAGAUCCUAAAGAUCAAUCAAUGGACUUCCGUUCCCUUUUGAAACACAGGGAAGGAAAAGGCAAAAAGAACGAAGAUGAUGACAUAGAUUGGGGCAUGCUGAAGCCAGAGGAGCCCCAGUCUAUUGAACAAAAGCGACGUUUGUCACAGAUCGAGAUGACAAAGAUGGCGCUAAAGAAGGUUGAAAGCGACAGUGAAGACGAUAGGACGAGUAGUAGGAGGCAGUCAGUUGACGAAUCAAAUAAGCUUGAAGUUCCGGGUCUAAUACCAAAAAUGACAAUGACGCCCGAAAAUCUGGAAGAUUUUGAGAUACAGCAGCAACAUCGCCGUGCCUCCAUGCAGGGUCGAAGAAUGUCAUUGGUUGAAGCUAUCCCUGAUUGGCCCUCGUUAAAACAUCCUGAAAAAGAGUUGGAGAUGCCGGAGAAAUGGGUCAAGGAACUUGAAGACAUCAAGGUCAUGGAAGGAAAGGACAAGGUCGUUUUCCAUGCAAUAUUCUGCAAACCGGACGCAAAGUUCCGCUGGUACAAAAACAAGCUGGAGAUCUUCCAUGGUGAAAAAUACCACAUCGAGGUUGAUGGCGACAACUACAAAUGUACGGUUAACGAUAUCAAGCUCGAAGACAAUGGAAAAUUCUUUCUAGAAUGUGGUAAAGUCCCGUUGAAGACAUCCGGAUGGUUGUAUGUUGAGGAAAAGCCCCCAGAGUACUACUUCACCCAGAAGCUUCCCGCCAAGUACGGCAUCCAAAACAAGAAAGAAGGGAUGCUUGAGUGUUUCGUGUCCGACAAUAAUGCCAAGGUCAAAUGGUUCAAAGAUGGAAAGCAAGUGGAGUAUGACCAAGGAAAGACGGAGAUCAGACGACGUGAAAACCGGUGCCUUCUCAGCUUCCCGGUCAUGUCCAAAGAAUACGAGGGACAUUACGAGUGCAAGAUCACCAUUGGGGAUUCUGUGACAAUGUGUGACCUCACAUGUGAUGAGCCUGAAUGGGAAUUCAUGAAGAAACUCGAGGACAUUGAGGGUAUGGAGCGUCAGAAGGCAACCUUUGAGUGUGAUGUCAGUGACCCUGAGGCAGAGGUCACAUGGUGGAGGGAUGAAAAAGGCACUGGACAGUGUGAUACGGAAUUGAAAGUUGGUGGCAAAUACGAGUUUGUAAAAGACAACUUCAAGCGUCGACUCAUUGUCAAGAACUGCAGCAACCGUGAUGAAGGUGUAUACGCAUGUAAGCUUCAGAAUAAGGAAACCUCAGCAAAACUCUUCAUUGAACCUGAGAUCAAGUUUUUCAAGAAGCUUGAGGACAAGACCGAGAAGGAGAAGGGAACUCUGGCGCUUGACUGCAAGGCAUCCAACCCCAACAACGCGCCUGUGACGUGGUUCAAGGAUGGGAAACCAUUGGAAAACGACGAUACGCGAAUUGAGAUUUCAAGGAAGGGUGAGGUGAUGAAGUUGAUUGUCAAGAACCUGUCCGAGGCCGACGCCGGCGAGUACAUGUGUCAGGUUGGAGAGAGACACACCAACUGUAAAGUCCUAGUGGAGGAACUGCCCAAGCCACCUAAAGUAGAUUUCAGCCAAGUGCCAAAAGAAGUUAUCCUGAAGAAGGGAGAGAGACUGCAGUUGGAUGUGCCAUUUAUAGGAACACCAAAACCUGCGGCAGAGUGGUCUCGUGACGGCCAGGUGAUGUCAGACCAGGAUACUGACAUAGAGACAAAGGACAAGUCAACACACCUGUGUAUACCCAGCGUUGUCAGGGGUGACACUGGUGAAUACUGCGUCACACUCACUAACGAGGUCGGAACAGAGAAAGUACCAAUCAACGUUAUUGUCAUGGACAAGCCCGGUCGCCCCAAGGGACCCCUGGACAUUGUAGAUGUUUACUCAGACCGCGCUGCGUUGCUAUGGGAUCGCCCUGAUGAUGACGGUGGCUCACCAAUCACACACUAUGUUGUCGAAAUGCAGGAGACUGGAAAGGACUGGAAAAAGGUGUGCGACACAGACGACAUUGAGAUUGACGUGGCUGACCUACAGGAGGGCAAGAGGUACACGUUCCGUGUGGCAGCUGUUAACCAGAUGGGACAGAGUGAUUGGCUGGAGGCGGAUGGUGAAAUCCUCGCUAAGGACCCUUGGGAUCCUGCUGAUCCCCCAGGCGACCCAAAGAUCAUCGACUUCGACAAAGAUUAUGUGGAGAUUGAGUGGACGCCACCAGAGAGGGACAACGGGGCACCAGUCGAUGGUUACCUCAUUGAGUAUCGUGAGAAGAACAGAGGAGACUGGCUCAAGGGUACAGAGGUUCCAGGCGACACGUUGAAGGGUACAGUGGAGGAGCUCAUAGAGGGGAAGGAUUACGAGUUCAGAGUGAAGGCCCACAACAAGGCAGGUCUCUCAGAACCGAGCAUGGUUUCCCCACCAAUAAGGACGAAGGCAAGAAAAGUCAAACCCCGCAUCACAAACAAGAACGACCUGAAGCCAGUGAAAAUCAAGGUUGGACAGAAGUUUGACAUCAAUGUUACCUACCUUGGGGAACCAGCGCCUGAGGUCAUCUGGAGUGUUAAGCUUAUGAGGACAGCGUUCUCAGAUGGCAAGCAAGAAACUCUAUCACCUGGAAACAACACGGUGAUUACCAUUGAACCAAAAGAGUCUACACUGUCGUGCAAAGAUUGCGAUCGCAAGAACACAGGCAUGUACAAGAUCCUUGUUCAGAACAAACACGGCGAGGACUCUACCGAGAUUGAAGUGGUUGUUUUGGGUCCACCAAGUAAACCAAAGGGUCCACUGGAGGUGACAGAUGUGACAAAGAACAGUGCCAAACUUGCAUGGAAGGAGCCAGAAGAUGAUGGUGGUGUGCCAAUAGAUGGAUACAGGGUGGAGAAGAUGGACAUGGAGAAGGGACGCUGGGAGCCGGUUAAGUCAACCAAAAAGCCCGAACUGGAGGUCCCGAAACUCCUGGAGGGUCACCAGUACAAGUUCCGUGUCAUCGCUGAAAGCCCGAAUGGCGACUCGGAGCCUCUUGAGCUGGGUGAACCAAUAACAGCCAAGAACCCUUUCAGUGAGCCGUACCCGCCGGGCCAGCCCAAGGUCAAGGACCAGGACAGGGACCACAUCACCAUCAGGUGGGAGCCCCCUGAGAAUGACGGUGGGGCACCAAUCAAAAGCUACGAGGUGGAGCGCAGGGAACCAAAGACCAAUAAAUGGAUCAAGGUAUCAAAGGAGCCUGUUAAGACCCCAGAGUUUGAGGACACAAAGGUCACGGCAAACAAGGAGUAUGAGUACAGAGUUAUUGCACUUAACGAGGCCGGACCUUCUGAACCCUCCGUGCCUUCUAAAGCAAUCACGGCACGCCCUGCAAAGGAAGCUCCAAAGGUUAACCUCACGUCCUUGUUUGGCGCCUCUGAGGUACGUGUGAAGGCCGGAGAGCCGCUGAAGCUAAACCUCGGAAUAACUGGUUCACCCACGCCUACUGUCACCUGGACCAAGGGAGGCAAACCAAUACCAAGGGCUUCUACCACCAAUACAGACGAUGCUUGCACUUUGGAGAUUCCAAAAGCAGAACGAGGGGAUACUGGGAAAUACACAGUCACGGUCGAAAAUGAAAACGGCACUGAUUCUGCUGAAAUUCCCGUCAUUGUCCUUGACAAACCUGGACCCCCUGAAGGUCCCCUGCAGGUCAGUGAUGUGUUUGCUGACUCCUGCAAGCUGUCAUGGAAACCACCUCUGGAGGAUGGAAACUCUCCAAUCAUGGGUUAUUCUGUUGAGAAAUGUGAGGAGGGCUCCAAUGUCUGGGAGAAGGUGCCAGGGGUGGUGCAGGGAACGUCCCAAAAGGUCCCAGGCCUGAAGGAUGGGGUCAAGUACAAGUUCAGGGUCAAGGCCGAGAACAUGUUUGGCCUUGGGGAGCCCCUCGAAACUGAUCGACCUGUGCUGGCCAAGAAUCCCUUUGAUACCCCUGAUGCUCCUACUGACCUUGAGAUUGCCAAGUUUGACAAGUAUUCCUGCGAUCUUACCUGGAAGAAACCCCUCAACGAUGGAGGAAAUCCAAUCAAAGGAUACAUCGUGGAAAAGAAGGAAAAGCGCGGUGACUGGACGCCAUGCAACAAUUUCCCGAUCACUAACCCGAACUUCACGGUGAUGAAUCUUCGUGAGGGUAAUGUUGUAGAGUUCAGGGUCAAGGCUGUCAACGAUGGAGGGGAGGGAAAGCCAAGCAAACCAACUGCGCCACAUACCGUUAAGGAUCCUGUCUUUGAAGCAGGCGCCCCUGGCAAUCUGAAAGUUGAUGAGAUCACAAAGAAGUCUGUCACACUGUCCUGGUCAAAGCCCAAGGAUGAUGGCGGCAGCAAGAUCCUCGGUUAUGUCAUCGAAAAGAAGAAGCCAGGCGAGGAUUGGGUGGAAUGCCUGGAGGUUCCCGACUUUCAGACACAAGCAACUGUCCCCAAUCUUCGAGAAGGAGAUGAAAUGGAGUUCAGGGUUCGCGCUGUGAAUUCCCUUGGACCUGGAAAACCAAGUAACCCAACAGGCGUGCUCAAAAUUGAGGACCAGCCCUGCAAACCGACCCUUGACCUGUCUGGGGUCAAGGACAUCACAGUGCAGGCAGGUCAGGAGAUCCGAAUCCGUGUGCCGUACACUGGAGUACCCAAACCAAAGGCCACCUGGUUCAAUGGCGACAUAGAGAUUGAUAAUCCAAGGACAACCUUUGUGCUCGAGAAAGAUGUGGUGCUGUUGACGACGUCCAAGGCCGAACGAUCUGACACAGGCCGGUACAAACUUGAGCUGAAGAAUCCAUCUGGAACUGGGGUGGGCAGCCUCAAUGUUACUGUUUUAGACAAGCCCGGCAAGCCAGAAGGACCGCUAGAAGCCACAGACAUCCGAGGUGAGUCCCUCACGCUGUCAUGGAAACCACCAAAGGACGAUGGCGGAGAGCGCGUUAGUCGCUACAUCGUGGAGAAGAAGAAGAAGGGAGACCCCAAGUGGUCUAAGGUGGGAGGGUUUGUCUCGACACCAAUCACCGAGGUGCGUAACCUGGAGCCUGGCGAGGAGUAUGAGUUCCGCGUAAUGGCAGAAAACUCCAACGGGGUCAGUGAGCCGCUCGUGACUGACACGCCCAUAUUCGCUAAGCUGCCCUAUGACAAGCCAGGCGCUCCAGGCACGCCGAAGUGCAAGACUACGACGGAGGACAGCAUCACCCUGCAAUGGACCCCACCAAAGAAGGAUGGCGGCAACCCUGUCACAGGAUACGUCCUGGAGAAGAAGGAGAAAGGGGACAAUAAGUGGUCAAAGUGCAGCUUUGCAGAUAUUCCCGAAACAGAGUUCACUGUCAAGGGGCUCCAGGAGGGGAAGGAGUACGAUUUCAGGGUCGCUGGGGUCAACAACGCUGGCACCGGAGACUUUGCAGAGACCACAGCACCUAUUAAGGCUCAGCCUCCACCAUGUGCUCCUAAGAUCAGUCCUGACUUCAUUCCACGAGACGUGAUUGCAAAGCGUGGCAAGCCGUUCAAGAUUUCUGUUCCAUACAAUGGGAGACCCAUACCCACUGUGGACUGGACAAAUAAUGGUCUAGGUGUACGUGCUGAGCCGGGUCGCGUUGCCUUUGACAACAAACUGGGUACCAUCACCCUGGACAACCUCUGUGCAGAACCCACCGACUCGGGAAAAUACAACCUUGUCAUGCGCAACGAGCUUGGCUUCGACACUGUCUCAUUUAACGUCAAAGUUGUCGAUGCUCCUGGAAAGCCUGAGGGUCCGAUCACGGCCAGUAACAUCACGCCAGACAGCUGUGUCCUCACGUGGAAUCCUCCAAAGGAUGACGGAGGAAGCCCAAUAUCAAAUUAUGUUGUGGAGCGUAUGGACCUACGAACAGGUGACUGGGUCACGUGCAGCAAGUUUGUCCGAGGCACCAGCUAUGAGGUGCUCAACCUGUCUGAAGGUCACGAGUACAAGUUCCGGAUAUCCGCUGAGAAUGAGCACGGAGUCGGUGAACCAAUUGAGAUGCGAGACACGGUGGUGGCUCAGCAUCCAUGGACUAUACCUGAUGCACCUUCCAACCUCAAAGUUGAUGAUGUUGAUUCUGAUAAUGUCACACUGAGCUGGGAAAAGCCGAAGAACGACGGCGGUAAGAAGAUUGUUGGAUAUGUGGUGGAAGUCAAGGAAGCAGACAGCAAUCGCUGGAAGCCGGCCAGUGAAUUCCCUUGUGUCGACACCAAGACUAAAGUGGAAGGACUGGAGAAGGGUACAGAAUAUGAGUUCAGAGUUCGAGCUAAGAACGCUGCCGGACUCAGUGAACCCUGCAGAUCAUCUGGACCAGUCCUCUGCAAACCAAAAUACACUACCCCGUACCCACCUGGUAUCCCAAGUGCCACAAACGUGGGCCGCACCUAUGCAGAGCUCCAAUGGGAAGCCCCACAGAAAGAUGGUGGAAGCAAGAUCAAAGGAUACAUUAUCGAGAAGAAGCCCAAAGACAGUGACCUGUGGCAGCGGGUGAAUGAUGCACUGGCUAUAGACACAAAGUAUCUUGUCCCUGACCUUGUUGAGAAUUCAGAGAUGGAGUUCCGCGUGAAAGCCGUCAAUGCAGCUGGGGAGAGCGAGCCAAGCGGCUGCAGCUCACCCAUCAAGAUCAAGGAGAAGAUUGUUGGCAACGCUCCUGAGUUCUCUAAGAAACUCCAAGGUGUGAAAGCACCACUGGGUGGAGAGGCCGUGUUCACAGUGGAAGCAGAUGGCAAACCUGCUCCAGAGGUCACAUGGUACAAGAAUGGAAUACCUCUGGCCAAUACAAGCCGUUGUAGGAUGCGUGAAAACGGUCCGGUGUAUACGUUGACACUGAGUGACCUGACUGAAUCCGACAAAGGGAAUAUAACCUGCGAGCUGCGUAACCCUCUGGGAACCGAGUCCUGCACAUGCGACCUUAAAGUUACCUCUCCCCCGAAGAUAGACAAGGAGAUCAAAGAUCAGAAGUUACAGGUCGGGGAACCAUGGAAACUCAAGAUUCCGCUCAGUGGGGACGGGCCGUUUGAGGUCAAGGUCAAGAAGGACAAUCGGGAGGUCCCUGAUAGUGACAGAUUCAAGAUUCAAGUCUUUGAUGACUUUUGCACAGUCGCUCUGAAAGAUGCCGAAAUGGGAGACUCGGGCAAUUACAAGAUAGAAGUGUCCAAUGACAGUGGUGACGCAUCGUGUGGCUUCAAAAUGGACGUACAGGGUGUGCCUGACGCCCCCAUAGGCCCACUAAAUGUUGCGGAAAUCACAAAGAACUCAUGCCAUCUGUCUUGGAAACCGCCACGUGAGGACGGAGGUGCCAAGAUACUUGGGUAUCAUGUGGAGAGACAGGAACUUGGCAAACCUUACUGGACUACAGUGGCGUCCAAGUGCAAGGACACAGCCAUCGAUGUUCAGGGCCUGUACGAAAACAACCAAUACCUGUUCCGUGUAUCCGCUGUUAACGACAUUGGCCAAUCCAAGCCUCUUACUGCUGAGAGUCCCAUCACGGCCAAGAUGCAGUAUGAUGUGCCAAGUGCCCCCGGAGUCCCAGAAGUUGAGGAAGUGGGUGGAGACUUUGUGAGCCUCACUUGGGCAAAGCCGGCAACAGAUGGUGGCGGCAAAAUCAACGCCUACUGGGUGGAUAAGCGUGAGAAGGGGAAAGAUGACUGGACGCGUGUCAACCUUCAGCCUUGCAUCACAAACAUCCUGAACAUCCCGAACUUGAUUGAAGACAGGCAAUAUGAGUUCCGCGUGUUUGCAGAGAAUGGGGCAGGCCUGAGCAAGCCUUCAAUGGCUUCAAAUAGCAUUAAAAUCAAGGAUCCAAAUGCCGCUGUUGUGCCUGAGUUCACCCAGCCCCUGCGGAAGGUUCAUGCAGUAGAAGGGAAGACAGCACGCUUUGAGUGCGCUGUCACAGGAACCCCUGUACCAGAGAUUCAGUGGUUCAAGGGAAGCAGGGAGCUAACUGAAAGCAACAAGUACGAGAUCAUCUCUGAUGGAGACAGUCAAACUCUGAUCGUGCGUGAAGUCUUCGGUGAAGAUCAAGACGAAUACCUGUGCAAGGCAACCAACAGAGGAGGAUCAAAAACCAGCCGUGCUGACCUUGAAAUUAGCUCUGCCCCCAAGAUCAAUGUUCCACCGAGGUUCCAAAGUGUGUCCGCGUAUGAGAAAGGGGAGGACGUGGUCAUUAAGAUCCCAUUCACUGGCAACCCGAAACCUUCAGUCAAGUGGCUGAGGGACAACACCGCGGUGUCUGGACAUCGCUACAACAUUGACGUCACCGAGCGUCAUGCCUUGCUGACUAUCAAGUCAGCCACUAAGGAAGACUCGGGUCCAUGGAGGCUCACCUUGGAAAAUGACCUUGGAAGUGACUCUGCCAUUAUAAAGAUUCAGAUCAACGACCGCCCUGGACCACCACGUUUCCCCACAGUGGAGAACAUUCUUGCCGACAGCUGCACCUUGGUUUGGAAAGCGCCACUGGAUGACGGAGGCAGUUUCAUCUCUGAUUACAUAAUCGAGAAAUGUGAGCUGCCCUCAUCUUCCUGGAUAAGGGUUGGAACAAACAGAUUGACAGUUCACAAUGUGACCGGUCUAAGUCCUGGCAAGGAUUACCAGUUCCGUGUAUUCGCUGAGAACCUUUACGGACGUAGUGACCCCAGCGAGCCCACCAAGCCAAUCAAAACAGAGCAGGUGUCAGAACGCAGAAAGGGCAUGGAUGACGACUUUGGACGCAGACAGAGAGGCCAUUAUGAUGGGCCGAAGAUUAAUGAUUAUGAUAAAUUCUACUAUGACCUGUGGAAGAAAUAUGUUCCCCAGCCCGUUGAAAUCAAGCAGGACAGCGUGUACGACUAUUACGACAUUCUGGAGGAGUUGGGCAGUGGUGCCUUUGGUGUGGUUCACCGCUGUGUAGAGAAGGCAACUGGUAAUGUGUUUGUGGCCAAGUUCAUUAACACGCCAUACCCCCUGGACAAGUACACAGUGAAAAAUGAGAUCAACAUGAUGAACCAGCUCCAUCAUCCCAAACUCCUCAACUUAAAGGACGCAUUUGAGGACAAACAGGAGAUGGUCCUCAUCCUCGAAUUUUUGGCGGGCGGUGAGUUAUUUGACCGUAUUGCAGCUGAGGAUUACAAGAUGUCAGAGGCAGAGGUGAUCAACUACAUGAUACAGGUGUGCCACGGCCUCUCUCACAUGCACGAGAACAGCAUCGUUCAUCUCGACAUCAAGCCUGAGAAUGUGAUGUGCGAAACCAAGAAGAGCAACAAUGUGAAGAUCAUAGACUUCGGCCUGGCAACCAAACUCAACCCUGAUGAGAUCGUCAAGGUCACCACGGCAACCGCAGAGUUUGCUGCCCCUGAAAUUGUGGAUCAUGAACCAGUCGGCUUUUACACAGACAUGUGGGCAGUCGGUGUCCUCGCCUAUGUUUUACUGAGCGGUUUGUCUCCUUUUGCUGGCGAGGAUGACCUUGAGACACUUGAGAACGUCAAAUCGGGAGACUGGGAUUUCGAUGCCGAUGCCUUCGCCAAUGUUUCGGACGAAGGCAAAGAUUUCAUCAGGAAACUCCUUAUCAAACAACCCCAGGCCCGUAUGACUGUACAUCAGGCUCUUGAACAUGCGUGGUUAAAGGGAGACCACUCUGAUAGAACUCACAGAAUUCCUGCCAGCAGAUAUGACAAGAUACGAGCCAGGAUCCAGGCACGAUACGCUGACUGGCCACUACCUAUGCCAGCUAUCGGUAGACUCGCUAACUACAGCUCCCUACGCAAGCACAAUCCUAAAGAAUACUGUAUAUAUGACGCAUAUUUCGAUCGCAGAGAAGCCAUUCCCAGAUUUAUUCGUAAACCGCGCACAUGCAUAGUGACUGAGGGUCAAAGUGCAAAGUUUGACUGCAAGAUCAUCGCUGCCUCACCACCCAUCGUCACCUGGCACUUUGAUGGAGUACAGCUGACACAGAGCGUGAAGUACAUGCAGAAGUACCGCGGCAAGGAGUACGAGCUCAAGAUCAGUCGCGUCAAGAUGGAGGACAAGGGAGAGUACUCAGUCAAGGCAGAGAACUCCUUCGGCAGACGUGAGGAGAUCGGAGUCCUAAAAGUUGAUGCGGCCCCAGAACAACAGGCUGUUCCAAGAGAUACUACUCCAAGAAGGCGAGCUGUGUCAGAGGUGAAGGAGUUUACGCCGCCCAAUCUUGAUCAUCAGCCUGACUUUGAGCUGGGUCUGCGACCUCGUAUCAUCCAGUUGGGAGGACAGUUCAAGCUGUCAACUGUUGUGGACGCCACACCCCCACCAAAGGUGACCUGGUUCAAGGAUGGCAAGGAGUUGUCGUCCAACAGCCAUAUUACGAUCCAGUACUUCCAUGGCGUGUGCACGCUAGAGAUCAACUCUGCCAAGGUUGAGGACACAGGCAUCUAUCGGUGCCUGGCAAUAAACGACCUUGGAGAGCAUGACACAAGCAGCAAGGUCAUUGUUGAAGAUCGUGCCGGUGGCCCAUUCAAGCUGCGUAAAGGCUCCAUGUCAGCUCUGAGCAGUUCCUCAUACAGCACCCCCAGCACUCCUUCUGCCAACUACACCAGCUCCAACAUGUAUGACUCCUCCUCCUCGUCUGCCUUGUUUACCAGAAGCACUUCGAUGUACGGCGCACCCAGCUAUACUCCGGUACACAGCCCGUUCUCUUCCCGGCGCAUAUCUGCUUUAACCUCCAAAUAUGGUAGUGACUAUUCCACAUCUUCUAAUUACAAAUCUAACUACGAUAGCGUUGGAAGCAGUGGAUACGGAAGUUCCUAUUCUGGAUCAUCUAACAAAUACAGCACGUCCAAUUAUUCGUCAUCGCGAUCAUCAAAGUAUGAUACAUCAAGUUCGUUUUCUUCAGGAACGAGACGAUCCAAGCGGAACGAAAACGAGGCUCCAGCCUUUGCAGACGACCUGUCACCAGUGACCUUGAUCGAAGGCGGCAGACUAGUUCUGAAAUGUGCGGUGAGCGGGAAACCAGACCCGAGCAUUGACUGGUUUAAAGAUGGCAUGAAUGUAAAGCUCUCUGACAAUGUCACAACGAGGUACAGAGCGGGGCUGUGCUCUUUGACAAUACCGGACGUGACGUCACUGGACUCUGGCGUGUACGUGUGUCGUGCCAGUAACGAUGAGGGACAAGCGGAACUGACCGCGCAUGUUGCAGUGAAACCGAAGGUGCUACACAAGGGGCCGUUGCCGGACCUGCCCAAGUUUCUCCGCCCUCCACAGGGUCAGAUGGUCGCCGACGGGGACCCUGCCAUCAUCGAGUGCGAGGUCACUGGGAACGCUGAGGUCACAUGGUACAGAGGUCGCGAGGUCAUUCUUCAAAACGAGGACUUCAAGUUUGAGACUUCCGGUAACGUUCAUAGGCUUCGGAUCAAUGAGAUAUUUCCAGAGGACAGCGGAACAUACCGAGCCGAAGCGACGAAUGACACCGGAUCUACAUCUAGCUAUUUCACUCUUUUUGUAAAUGUUCCGGACGAAGAACCUUCCGGUCCCGUGUUUCAGCGCUUCCCACGCUCCUUGCACGUGGACGAGGGCACCGAGGUCACGUUAUCGUGCACAUUGGACGAAGCCCACACUGUCACGUGGCUGAAAGGGACGCAGAUUUUAGACGAGAGCGGACGCUACAAGAUUUCCGUCGGAAACAACUCCAGCACGCUCGUCAUCCCGACGGUGUUGGCUCCAGACGCCGAUGUGUUUUCCGUUGAAGCCACUAAUCACCGAGGUAACAGUCUGUGGACGUUUUCUCUGAGCGUCAACGUCAGCUCUUCUCCGUGUGCGGAUAUUGACCUCGCCCAGUUGAUACGUGCGAUGAACUAGCGUCAAUCAUCUCGCAACGUCAGCUCUUCCCCGUGUGCGGAUAUUGACGUCGCCCAGUUGAUACGUGCGAUGAACUUACGUCAAUCAUCUCGCUCCUUGAACUUUAAUCACAUGAUGGACGCUGUAGCGUUCAUCGACUCAUAGUUAUUUUGCGCUAAUAUUAAAACUGUGUUAAGAUAUUUUAGACUAUUUCUAAAACUAAAAUGUUAUUAAAUCUGUUUCGUGCUUUAGCAAUAUUAAGUACUAAGCUUCUAUGAAACAUAUAUUUAUAAGCGUACACCUUUGGUAUCUCCAGUUUUCUUUAUUAAUUUAUUUACUUAUUGCUUUUGUACUUGAAUUUUUCUAGUUUGACAUUACCGAAAAAUUCAUGACAAUGAGCACGAAACUUGUUAAAUGUAUGACACCACGUUAUUAUUAUUUUGUGUUAUUUAAUGUAACGUAUAUAGAGAAAACAUGUCUAUACUUGCUAAGAAAUAAGCUGGAAAUAACGAUACUACUACAUGUGUUUCUAAUUACCUGUAAAUGCUUUACGGUACAUUUCAAGUGACCAUGAUUGACGCAGAUUUACAAAGCUCAUAAGCACAUUAAUUGUUCAAAAAUAGCUUUAAUCCCUUUCCCAUCAGGUAUAUAAACCUCUGCAACCUAGCUAUAAUAUCGAGUUCUUAGAUUCUCAGAGCAACGUCAAAGGUUUGUAUUUAACUAAUAAAAUAUACGAAUGUGUUAAAUUUAUUCCAUAUUAAUUUUAAAAGAUUACUUUAACAUUAAGUAUUAUCAUUAAAUAUUAUAGUUUAUUUUUGAAAAACAACAACUGUACUGCUUUGAUUUGCUUUCAUACUUAAAUAUUAUUAAAAUGUCUAAAGCAUA